UUAGGAGACAGAGCGCGAAUUCACCCGUGGCUCUGGACUUGGACACGUUUGUGGUGCUGCUCAUGGGUGCAGCCAUUGACGGAUUCCUAAAAACCGAUGAAAGACAAAGACUGGCAAGGGAGCGGAGAGAAGAAAGGGAGAAAUACCUUGCUGCAAGGGAGCAGCAGAUACUGGAGAAGGAGAGAAGGGCAAAACUUCAAUAUGAAAAACAAAUAGAGGAGCGAUGGCGAAGACUGGAGGAGCAGCGACAGAGAGAGGAGCAGAAGAGAGCAGCUGUGGAAGAAAAGCGGAGACAAAAGCUCAAAGAGGAGGAGGAGCGCCUGGAAGCCAUGAUGCGCCGCUCGCUGGAGCGCAGCCAGCAGCUGGAGCAGAAGCAGAAGCGCUGGUCGUGGGGCGGAGCGCUGGCGCCCGGCUCGGCGCCCAGGGACGGUGAAUCAGAAAAUACCCCACCCCCUGUUGUAGGUUUAGCUGCCAACACCCUUCCUGCAGACCCUGUGACCUCUGCUGCUCCUGCCGAUUCCUUCAAUGCGUGUGACAAACUUUCAGCUUCUACAAUGAAUCUGCCAAAGCAAACGGAGUCGCCCAUCAGUAAGCGCCUCUCCUCCUCCACCGCGGCUAUCACACAUUCCCCCGACAGAGCUCACCGCAUGCAUCUUAGUCCAAUGGAAAACUUUAUUGUUUCUCGACUGCUGACUCCCACACAGUCCUCUUUAGCCAGAAGCAGAAGCACAUUAAUGCUUUCUGAGCAAUACAAUAAUCCAGUAUUCCAUAUCUGUCCUCGUGUAGCACCAGCUAGUCCUCUUAAAUCUCCCUACAAGCCUUCCCCCACACGAAGCACCGACAGAAAGAAGGCAACUUCACCCUCCACUUCGGAUGCCGUGAAAGGGGCGACGGCGGCGGAAGCUGCUCAGGCUGAGAAGAUAAAGAAAGAGAAAAGACCAAGCACACCUGGUUCAUCUGGCAUGGGAUCUCCUCUAAGAAGGUCUGAUUCUCCUGCUGCCCUGUCCAGAAGAUCUGCAUCACCUGCAACACCUAAGACAGCUGCAAAGACUUAUCCCCAGUCUCCUAAAAACGCCAAACAAUACCCGGCUUCACCUGUGAAGCAUCGUGCCGCUUCUCAUCUCAGCCAGGAGACUCCUAAGAAGAAAGCGGACAAGGAGAAGGAGAACGCCGGCCACCCGAGAUCCCCGGGAGCGCGCGCCGAGGAGCCAGGGCAGGCAGCUGCUGAGAAGCACCCGCCUGCGGCAGGGAAGCCUGAAAGCACCGAAGGGAAGCUCACAGCAGGAACAACCGAUGCAGAAGAAGCUUCAAAGAUUCUAGCUGAGAAAAGACGACAGGCACGCCUGCAAAAAGAGCAGGAAGAAAGGGAGAGGCAAGAAAGGGAAGAGCGGGAAAGGCUUGAAAGAGAAGAGCAGAAGAGAAAGGCAGAAGAAGAAAGACUUCGCCUGGAGGCAGAAGCUCGUAAGAAAGAGGAGGAAAAAAAGCGCGAAGAAGAAGCAGCUAGAAAAAAGGCAGAAGAGGAAGCCAGGAGGAGAGCCGAGGAGGAGCAAAUGCUAAAGGAAAAGCAAGAAAGAGAGCUCCAAGCCAAACUUGAGAAACAGAAGGAAGAAGCAGAAAUGAAAGCCCGUGAGGCAGCUGAACAGCUUCGUCUUGAAAGGGAACAAAUCAUGCAGCAAAUUGAGCAAGAAAGACUGGAGCGAAAGAAGAGAAUAGAUGAAAUAAUGAAGAGAACAAGGAGGAGUGAAACACCAGAAAUAAAGAAGGAAGAGCCGAAACUGGAGAUACCAUCAACUCUGAACGUGGAAAAGCAGCCGAAAGCCCUUGUUUUCAACCAGCCAGAGAUCAAUGGACUGGCAACCUGUCUGAAAAACCAAAGCCCAGAAAGUGCUGCCCCUGUGAUGCCUUCCCAGGCUGUAGUUGCUAACGGACUGAAGCCGGCCUCGGCACUUAUUCAGCUGGAGGCUGUGGAUGGGAAAGCCAACAGCACGGAAGAUUCAGCAGAUGAGGUUCAGUCUAUGGAUGUGAGCCCUGUUUCAAAAGAAGAGCUCAUCUCUAUCCCUGAAUAUUCACCCAUGAACGAACUCAUGCCCAGUGUUUCCUUGGACCAAAAUGGGACGAGUAAUUCCAAGGCUCUAGAAGAUCUCCUGGAUUUUACAGGCCAAGCGACCUACUCCAAAAUCUCCAGUGAAACCAUUAGCCUAGAUGACUGCAACAAAAACUUGAUUGAGGGAUUUAACAGUCCAGGACAGGAAAAUACACUUAAUUCUAUCUGUUGACAAGCUUGCUUUUCUGCAAACCAGAUAAAGUGGUAGCAGUUUCUGGAGGAUGUCUAUCCCUGUGAUGCUACUGGCAGUGAAAUAUGAGCUUGUCCCUUGAAAAAGCUUCUGCAGUCCUUGAACACUGGAUUUCAAAUAAUCAGAGCCGAAUAUAACCGUCUUCCCAAGGGAUACGUCGAAUAACUGGCUGCUUUUGGUAGAAAUCGGUGAUCUAGAGCCUUGGUAGUUUCAGGGAAGACUAAGUAUGCAUUAGAAUUUGAGCUUUAGCUGCUAAUAAAGCACUUGUUUCUUCUUUUAAUUUAAAAUUCAUCUGAACACUUCACUGUGAUUUUUGGUUUUAUUUUAAAUGUGCAUUUUAUUUUAAAAUCAUUCUGUCUUAAGUUUUCCCAUUCCGAAUCUGUUUAGAUAUCUUUUUUCUUGUAAAUAAUGAUGACGUUUGCCCACAGUGCAUUGAAAUGGAAUAUAUUGUACUUUAGCUUUGUGCCUUUUUUUUUGGGGGGGGCCAUCAAUAAGGAAUCCUGGCAACUUGUAUGCAAGUGUGUAAUUCAGAGCUGUAGCUGAAGAGGCAUGAAAAGAAAACAACUCCUGGCAUCAGAAGGAUUCUCCUUGUUGACUGUGGAGUGUAGUGGAGUUACCCUUUAAGGUAAUUUUUAUGGCAUUUUUAGUCACUAGUGGCAGUUACUGGUUAACGCUAAUAGUCCUGGAGCGACUCUCACUUCUGUGUUACAGUCAUCCGUGGUGUUACACCUGUAAGAAACGUAGGCCGGACGCCUCGUGUAAUCCCUUACUUCCCAUGUGCUGUGUAGCUGUAGUGGAUCCCAAUGCGUGUGUCGGGGGUGGUCAGGUAACGUGCGAGUCCUGGGAGAUGCAGGCACGUGGUGAACACCAGCAGCCUCUCAGUCAGCAGGAGAAGGGGGUCUGUCUUCCUGUAGGCUCAGCAACAACACAUACAGUCAGCAGCAAAACAAGGUACAACUGUUGCCGCCAAAACAUGAAAGCCCACAGAGACACAGAGAACUCUGCUUAGCCCCCUUAAUAUUCCUUAGGCAUCUGUAUGGAAAACUUCACAUCAGGAAUGUGUAACGUGUAGACAUUAUGUGCCAUACGAUGUUGAUUUGAUUUCUGUUGGUGAACUAUGGUAGCUUUUCUGCUAGAUCAUGUGCUGCUUUGAGGACUUGUUUGUCCAGUUCCUUGUCGAAAAGAAAAAAGUAGUAAAUACAGAUCUUUUUGGAAGCGAAUACAAAAAAAAAAAAAAAAAGUGAAAACUUUGUUAAUUAUUAUUUAAGAGAGUUCACAGCAGUAUAGCCUGAACUCACUUGUAGCCCUGUUCUUGUGCUUUUUAAAGCCAGCAGCAGGAAAGUAACCAAUGAAAUAGCGCGUGAUAAAGAAAAUAUACGUACAGCAAUGCAGCUCUAUUUAUGUUAGUGUACUUCAGGGAAAAAAAAAACACAACAAAAACAAACAAAAACCCCUUUCUUUUGACUGUGCAGUAAGCUGUAGCAUGAAACUGUGUCUUCCAAAUUAGUCACACAUUUAUUUCCUAAAUAAAAAAAAAAAUCAGAAACAAGAUGUUUUGCUGUAAUACAUUGUGUUUGACAAAUGUCACGUUAUAUUUUAUCAUGGU